CGGGCCGCUUCACACACGAAGCGGAGGAAUUUAGUUUGAAAGGGAAAAACAACCAGGAAGUGAAACACAAGGAAACGACUCGCUGCUGAUGGAGCGUCAAACUAAAGAAACUUAAAAGAAAAGGUUUUAUAAAGAUUUUUAACAGCGUUAACUUAAAACAAAGUUGCCCCGCGGGUUGUGGGUUUGUUUUCUCACAGGAUGGACAUUGAUCCGGAGCGGGGAGCAGCGGCGGAGCCGGAGCCCCAGGACAAGGUGCAGACCCUGAGGGAUCAGGUGGAUGGAGUGAAAAACAUCAUGACGCAGAAUGUGGACCGGAUCCUGGCCCGAGGAGAGAGACUGGACGACCUCAUGGGAAAGUCAGAAGACCUGCAAGCCGGGGCUCAGAACUUCAAGCAGACGUCUCAGAAAGUGGCUCGCACCUACUGGUGGAAGAACGUGAAGCUGGUGGUGCUCAUCGUGGUCGUCGUCCUCAUCAUCGUCCUCAUCAUCAUCCUGCUGGCCACCGGAGUCAUCCCUAUCGGCGGCUCUGCGACUCCUCCCAUAAUCACUCCCACCCAGAAACCGUAAACACACACACACAUAAUGUACAUACAAUCGUCAACACAUUGUUAUUGCACAGAUUACAAAGUAAUAUAUAGACUCAUAACCUCAGUCUGGUGAAACUCACUCCUCCUCUAGUUUCUGCUCGUUGUGCUUUAGGGUGAAGGAAACAUUCCAAAACACAAUUCUAGGGUCGCCAUUUUUUAAAAAUUUGUGAGGAAUGAAAGCAAAGUGUUUGAAAGGUCACCUGACGGCAGCAGAAAUGUGUUCUCAGGGGACGCUUGAUAUCCCCACCUCCUCUCUGACAGCUGAUGUCACUUCCAUGAGUGCAGAAUGAAGCGCUGGAUUCCUCCAGUCUUUUACGACAUGUCUCGAAUGUUAUCACGUAUAAAUAAAUCAGGCGACAUGUUGUUUCUGCUGACAAACACAAAUCUGUAACAACUGUAGGUCACACUUUACUUAAUGAAAGGCUGGAUUGUGUAUUGGAUAUGUACGUUACCGUUUGUGGGCUUAUUAUUAUUAUUAUUAUUAUUAUUAUCCUGCUUCCAGUUUCUUUGUAGUCGGACAAUCAAGACAAAGUAAUCGUCCUAGAAAUGAUUAAAGAAUUUGUCUGCAGAAUAUUGCCUUCAGAUCCUUAUUGGUUCGUAACUUUAAAUGUACAUCGAAGUUUGAGUUUGGAUAUAAAAUGUAACCGAUGACGAGACCUGAAGUUUGAAAACGACGCAGCAUUUUGAAAAAAGCAAAAUGAAAAGGACAAACGAACGCUCGGUCCUCAGACGGGAAGGUGACACCAGAACGAGAUUUGUACGUACGUGUAAAUGUUUAAACUAGAAAUCUGAUCGUUAUGAAACCGACAGAAGUUAAACCUUCUUUACAUUUCGAUGUAUCCUGAGAACAGCGGCUCCUCUCGCGUCUCCGUCGUCUUCAGACGAGUCACAUGACGCAACAACAAGCGGAGCAAGAGAGCGGUUUUAUUCUUCAGUCUGUUUCCAGAAUGUUGUCACUCGUUCACGAGACAAACGCUCAGUGAACGUUGAUGCAGCUUCUUCGCUCCAUACGACACCAAUUAAAAUCAUAUUGUUACUUUUUAAAGGUCUGUUCCCACACUUGCAUCUUCCAGCUGAGACGGAUCAUUUACAGCCGCCUGUGGCUCCCCGUGCUGCGUCUAUGUAAACCUAUACCCCCCCCCUCUCUGUUACAGUACUGUUUAGCAUCAAAAAGGUCAAAAUGAUUCCCGUCAUGAACUGUAAAUAGUCGAUAGUUUCACCUUUCUGUAUAUUUACAAUAACGUGUUAAAGAAAGAAUCUGUUUAUUUAAUGCUUUACUUUCAUGUCUUUCUUUUCUUAACCACAAUGAACCAAUAACACCUGUGAUGUUAAUGAUGCUCCAGGAACAGGGGGCUCCUCAUCUCACCUGAUGUACCCGAGUGUUUGAUUAGCGCGCUCUGAUUCUGACGCAUGAUGUUUAACGCUUUUAAAGGUCUUGAUAUGAAAUAAAAAGUAUUUCUCUGGG